CUAAGCCCAAAGCCACACACCCACACACGAACUAUUUCACACCACUUCACCGCCGACAAAAACAGAGAAACAAAGUCCACAUCUCCAUUAUGUGCAGCUCCGAUCAUUUCGCCAGUAAUAAUGACUUGUACCUUCAGCCCAAUCAUCAGAGGGGGGCUGGGAUCAUGGAGGCCUGCGAUCUUGACAGAAGUGGGCACGGGCAGAGCCGGCAUGGCCAGGAGGCGGAGGAGCACCGGUCGGACCCGAGCGCGGCGCUCACCACGUACCUGACCUUCCUGGAGCACAAGAUCGGGCACCUCCGCGGGAUCCUCUGCUCCACGCCGCGCCACCCGCAGCAGCAGCGUGCCAUCGUCUCCGCCGAGCUCCGCUGCAUAAUCGUGCAGCUCGUCUCCAUCGCCAACUACCUCGACUCCGACUCCGGCGCCGGCGCGGCGGACGCGUCCCCGUUCGAGCCCAGCGAGGAGAGGUCGCCGUCGCUGUCGAACGGCACCCACGACGACUCCGGCGACGGCCACGCCGAGGCCGCCGGCGAGGAGGAGAUUGAAGGGGAGGGGCCGUACGAGGUGGUGCAGAUCGAGAAGGAGGAGAUCCUGGCGCCGCACGCGCACUGCUGCAAGGUGUGCGGCAAGGGGUUCAAGCGCGACGCCAACCUGCGCAUGCACAUGCGCGGCCACGGCGACCAGUACAAGGCGCCCGGCGCGCUCGCCAGGCCCGGCUCGCCGGCGCCGGGGGCGGGGACGGGGAGGCGCUUCUUCUACUCGUGCCCCUACGCCGGGUGCAAGCGCAACAGGGAGCACAGGGACUUCCAGCCGCUCAAGACGCCCGUCUGUGUCAAGAACCACUACCGCCGGAGCCACUGCGACAAGAGCCACGUCUGCCGCCGCUGCGGCGUCAAGCGCUUCUCGGUCCUCGCCGACCUCCGCACCCACGAGAAGCACUGCGGCCGCGACCGCUGGGUCUGCUCCUGCGGCGUCUCCUUCUCCAGGAAAGACAAGCUCUUCGCCCACGUCGCCAUCUUCGACGGCGGCCACACGCCCGCUCUGCCGCCCAGCGACGACGAAGCCAUCGGCCAUUGCACUGCCGCCACUGCCAUUGACAGCAUCCUCGUGCCCAGCUCCGGUCAGCCGCUGCCGGUCAGCGGUGGCGAAGCGGUGAACGUGGUGGACCAGAGCUUCUCCGGUCAAAUGCUCGAUGGUCUCAGCUUCUCCGGCGCCAAAGGGGGCAUGGAUGACGGCCGAGCAAAGCUCUCCUCCCCGAUCGGCAUUGACUUCUGUGACUUCGAUGGAUUCGACCUGUUGGGAGCAGUUGCAAUGGACUUCAAUUUCUGAUAUCAGAGGAUAGAUUAAUCUAGAAACUCUCUCAACCUGAUGAUGAGUAACUAGAAAAUUUUAUGUUGAACCAAAUUGGUUGGCACUAGCCUGCACAGCAAUUAGGAAACAGUGGGUUCUAAAAGAAAGGAAAUAGUGGACUGAUUAAUCUACUCCUGCAAUUUAAUAGCAUUGAUUUUUUUAUUAAUCUGAAGGGAAUUGAGAUGCUAAAGUGACAGAUAACGAUCCAAUUGUACAUAAUGAUCCAACUGAACUUAAUGAAAGCAUCAUUAGGCUGGAAUGGCAACUUUUGCCAAGUUACUUGGCUGGAGAACUUUGGGACUUGCUUCAGUUGCAGGCAUUAUUCAGUAGUUCAGAGGUCAGACUUCCAUGUUCAUCAUAUAUGAUAAUCACAAUCAUCAAUAAGCGUAUACAGUGACUAGAGUUAUGCAA